UCGGAAGCGAGAGAGGAGGCGCCACGUGACGCUGAGCGCGAGGCCCGCGUUUGACUCUCGGCCAUAAGGAUUUCGGCCCUGUGAUCCUGACAUAUCAGUUGGAAUAUGCCCAAAAUAAAAUUAAAUGGCAUCAUUGUGGACUUUCCAUUUCAACCCUACAAAUGUCAGGAAGAGUACAUGUCCAAAGUGCUGGAGUGCCUGCAAAAGCAAGUGAAUGGGAUUUUGGAGAGUCCCACGGGUACAGGGAAGACAUUAUGCCUCCUGUGUUCAACCUUGGCUUGGCGGGAGCACUUCAAAGAUGCUAUCUCUGCACAGAAGAUUGCCCAGCGGUUGGGUGGAUCAGAGCUUUUCUCUGACCGACCAAUGUCAUCUUGGGGCAGUGCUGCCACAGAUGCUGAAAUCCCAGCUUAUUACACUGACAUUCCAAAAAUAAUUUAUGCCUCUAGAACUCAUUCUCAGCUUACUCAGGUUAUUGGUGAAUUAAGGAACACAGUAUACAGACCCAAAGUAUGUGUUUUGGGUUCCAGAGAGCAACUUUGUAUCCACCCUGAAGUUAAAAAGCAAGAAAGUAACCAUAUGCAGAUCCACAUGUGCCGUAUGAAAGUAACUACUCGCACGUGUCAUUUCUAUAACAACGUAGAAGAGAAAUGCACUGAGAAAGAGCUGAUCAAUCCCAUAAUGGAUGUAGAAGAUCUUGUAAAAAAUGGAAGCAAGCACAGAGUUUGUCCUUAUUAUCUGUCUCGGAAUCUGAAGCAGCAAGCAGACAUAAUUUUUAUGCCUUAUAACUAUUUGCUGGAUCCGAAGAGUCGAAGAGCUCACAACUUAGACUUGAAGGGGACUGUGGUAAUACUUGAUGAAGCUCACAAUGUGGAAAGGCUGUGUGAAGAGUUAGCAUCAUUUGAUUUGACUCCUUACGACUUAGCUUCAGCAGUGGAUGCCAUCAAUAUUGUGUUGGAAGAACAAGCCAGAAAAGUUCAGCAGAAUGAAUUCCACUCUGAGUUCAAUAUGGAGUAUGCCAGCUCAGAACUAAACAUGGAACUUGAAGACAUAGCAAAGAUAAAGAGGAUUCUUCUUCAGUUGGAAGACACGAUUGAUGCUGUAGAGUUACCAGCAGAUGGAACUGGCCUUACUAAGGAGGGAAGCUACAUAUUUGAUCUGUUUGCUAAGGCCCAGCUCACAUUCCAAACCCAGAGUUCUAUUCUUGAGUCGCUGGAACAAAUUAUACAGUAUUUAGCAGGCCGUACUAGGAUAUUCACCAACACUGCUGGGUUGCAUAAAUUUACAGACAUAAUACAGACUGUCUUUAGCUUUGGACCAUCUGAAGGAACAUCUAGCUCAACAUCAAGCUGUUCAGUAUCAAAAUAUUAUAAGGUGCACAUCCAUCCAGAUAUGAGUAAUCAAAAAAAGAAGCAGAGGUCUGACCUGUGGAAUUCAUCUGUAACUAGAAAGCAAGGAAAGGUCCUGAGCUAUUGGUGUUUCAGCCCUGGAUACAGCAUGCAUGAGCUGGUUCGUCAGGGAGUCCGGACAAUCAUUCUGACAAGUGGGACGCUCUCCCCUGUUUCUUCUUUUGCUAUGGAAAUGCAGAUACCAUUCCCAGUUUGUUUGGAAAACCCGCAUGUUAUUGAUAAGCACCAGAUAUGGGUGGGGAUAAUUCCUAAAGGACCUGAUGGAGGCCUGCUGAGUUCCACCUAUGAAAAAAGAUUUUCACCAGAAUGUCUCUCUUCUCUUGGGAAAACAAUAGGAAAUCUUGUUCGAAUCAUACCUCAUGGACUGCUUGUGUUCUUCCCUUCAUAUUCUGUCAUGGACAAAAGUCUGGAAUAUUGGAGAGACCAUGAUUUUGUGGGGAAAAUAGAAGCAGUGAAGCCAGUUUUUGUGGAACCACGAAACAAAGGAACAUUCACAGAGGUCAUAGAUGCCUAUUAUGAGAAAAUUAUCUGUCCCAAAUCUAACGGUGCUGUUUUCCUGGCUGUGUGCCGGGGGAAGGCUAGUGAAGGUUUGGAUUUUGCUGAUAGGAAUGGGCGAGGUGUUAUCAUCACAGGCCUUCCUUUUCCACCUCGCAUGGACCCCAGGAUCAUUUUAAAGAUGCAGUUCCUGGAUGAGAUGAAGGCCAGAAGUGGUGGAGGACAGUAUUUGUCUGGAAACACCUGGUACAAGCAGCAGGCUUCUCGUGCAGUAAACCAGGCCAUUGGAAGAGUCAUUCGGCAUCGGCAAGACUAUGGUGCCAUCUUCCUUUGUGACCACAGGUUCAUGAACACAGAUGCAAGAGCCCAGUUGCCUUCCUGGGUCCGCCCUUAUGUCAGGAUUUAUGAAAAAUUUGGUCAUGUAGUCAGAGAUGUAUCUCAGUUCUUCCGCGUUGCACAAAAAUGUAUGCCAGCUCCAGCACCUUCUGUUCCUUCUUGCAGCACCACUGAAGAGGAAGGAAACCCUACACCUUCUACUUCCCAUGAGCAAUUUAUUUCUUUGACAAAAGCCAGCAAUUUGGAUGACCAUGUUCCUAGUUUGAAAAGGAAGAGGAUGGAUAAUGGAGUGGCCAGCCUAUGUGUAGAGUAUGAUCAGGUUCCAACCUCCUCAAAAAAGCAACCUGCUAGCCUCUUGGAUGCUCUGGAGAAGCAUGAUAAGAACAACGGACAGGCAGAUGAGGAAGAAGGCUUGAUAGGAGAAGAAACGGCCAAACGUUUGUCAACUCUGUCUCUUCAAUAUGAGAAAAGGCUUAUGGAUGGGCAGAAAGGAGGCCGGAAGAAAAUCAAGAUUAUCAGCAACAUGCAGGCUGACAAAGCACAAGACCCCUCAGAGCCCAAAAAAGCUCGGGCUGCAGUUUUCAUUGCAACGGUGAAGCAAUCUCUGAGUCAGCUUAAUUUUGACACCUUCUCACGGGUCCUCCAGCAGUACAAGACUACAAAUGACUUUGAUGCCAUGUUAUCUCAAAUGAGUGCUCUUUUUGCAGAAGACCCGAAAAAGCAUGUCUUGUUGCGAGAGUUUUACCAGUUUGUUCGGCCACAGCACAAAAAGCAGUUUGACGAAGCUUGCCAUUGCUUGACAGGGGUGGGCUGUGGCUACAAACCAGAGCAUAGCCUCCUCCAAGAGAAGAGACUGGUCCUGGCCAAGAAGGCAGAUAAGGAAAGUGAGAAGAAAACCACCUUUUCAGAGGGCCUAUGUAAGCAGCUUGACUCUGAGCAGCACCUGAACAAAGGAAGAACCCACCUAACAUCAGUGCCAAAUGUCACAGGUGUGUUUUGCAUGAGGAGUUCAUACAUCAGUGCUGAUAAUGGAGGAGGAAACUGUGGCUCUGAUGAAUCUUCCAAAAAGUCAUCCAGCUCUCUAAAGGAGGACCACAACCAAAAAAUCCGAUCAGCAUACCUGAAUGAUCUCAAGUUGACCUUAGACAAAAGCAGCUUUAACUGCUUCUUUUCUGCACUGUCAGCAUACAAGAAAACAGAUGACUAUGAUGCCAUGGUGUCUGUAGUGGCAGCCCUCACCACAGAGAAGCCAGAACAUUUUCACCUGCUACAAAGGUUCUCUAUGUUUGUACGGCCCCAUCACAAGAAGCAAUUCAGACAAAUGUGCGAAGAGCUGAUGGGAAUGAGUUACCCUGGAGAAAGUGAAGAGGUUCUCUUGCCAGCUCAGGAGGGGCAUGACAUUGAUGCAAGGGACUCAUACCCCACUGCAGGAGAAACCAAAACUGAGGAUAAAGCUGCCAGUCCAACCCCAGGGACCUCCAAAAAUGUGAUACUGGAGGAAAGCCAAACUAUAGCCUCGCCCAUAAGCAGCUCAAAGUCUCAGGAGACCAAGGGAGACCGCACCAGUUUACGAGCACCCACAAAUUCUGAUAUUGUACCUAUUUCACCAGUAGGAGGAGGAUUCCAAUGUGUUAAAUGCCAGUCUGAGCGUAUUGUGCCUUUCAAAUGCCAAAUGUGCACCUUCACUUGUUGCGAAGCAUGCUGGGAGAGCCUGUUAAAGACUGCCAAGAAGUGCCCAAGAUGCCAAGCUAAUACCAAGAGAAGACAUUUGGCCCAGGUUUAUUGGCCAGAUCCUCAGUGAAAGAGAUACAGUGACGGCAUUCUCCAUGGUACUAGGUCAAAAUGGCCCAUGGUUGCUUCAGUUGCCUAAGAAGCAAAACAAAGUAUAACAGUUAUUUUCAACACACUUUUUUGUUCGCUGGAUUGCUUUUCUUCCACAUGCUGUCUUCCUUUUUGCCAAAGUUCAUCCAUCAUAAGAGUUCUUCAUUUCUCAGUAGAAGGUGAAAAGAGGAACCAUGAUCUUCUGGAUUACAAUUAUGCAAGUGUUUUCAAAGAAACAUUUUUACAACUGCUAUGUUUAUGUUAUAAAAAGCAUGAAGACAGCUAUUUGGAUCUCUUUGGUCUCUGUGCCUUGGCCUGAAUGAGCCAUCUUUUCUACAUGGCUCUUAUCCUCAGAGCUUCUGACAUCAAUGGUUGCAUGUGUCAGUCAAUAAGGAAUAAACAAAAAGACUGCCCCAAAUCAUUGCACAUUAUACUGACAUUUGAUUCCUGGUUUUAGGCUUAAUUUUUCAAAAGAUGCAGUUGGUCUGUGAAUAACAAAGAGCACCCACCAGCUGAGUGGGUCUGUUUGCCAGCUGCGUAGUGGGAAAAGGUUUUUUUUUAAAAUUAACAAAUGAAAAAGUUGUUGAAUAGAAAAUUAUGUUGAUUGUCUGCUCACUAGAAGACAAUGUGAUUGUAGCCAGUGCUGAGCUGAUCCAAGCCUUUAGGGGCUCAGCUUAAUUCCGUUGUAACCCUUCUAGUUCUAUCCCUCUUGAGUGCCUACUGUUCUACUGAAGGUUUUCCGCCACUUAUAAAGAGGAAGAGUCUUUUUCUGCAUCUGUUUUCUGACGCUUCAUUUCAACAGAAUGCCCAAAUGCUGCAUCAAACAGUUCUGGUGCAGUGAACUAAGGGAUAUUGUACAUACAACAAAGUACAGAGAGUAGAAGUAGUUUUAUAUUUUCAUAUGCUGCUUUUCUUCUUUAAAUUAAAGGAUUGUAUCAAGUUGAGAAUAUUUAGUAUUAUUGUCUGUAAAUAAAAAUAUGUUUUGCAUUUGUA